AUAUUUAGACAGAACAUAAAUAACACCUUAUUAUUUGCCUUCUACUUAGCAUUUUGCCUUUUACAGACUGUUUUAGAGUUGAGAUAAUUCGAACUACAUAGUUUUGUUUUCUUGAAAACUUUCUUUUCUAUUUUUACUUUUAUUAUUUAUUUUUUUAGUAAAUUCCAUGCCAUCAGCAAUGAAAUUUUAAAUAUUUAUAUGAUUAAUUUACUACCAUCAUUGAUUUUAAUUAUAUUUAAAUUAUUUUCAAAAAUUCUUACACUUUCCAGCUUUUACUUGAAACAACAAACAUAGCUAAUUGGCUUGAAAUUUAAUGAUGAUUUUUAUAUACAUAUGCUCUUAUAGUAUUUUAUUUCCUCCUCUUAGUCUUAUGCUUUCGUAUCUGUAUUCUUGCAUGAAAGUUUUCUUUUAUUUUGUAUUUUUUUUGUAAAUGUGUGAUAUGUCUGUGUAUAUGUGUACAUAAAUGCUAUAUGUCUUUGUCUUUGAAAUACAUGAAUGUGAUAGUCGGUUAAAAAGCUCUACAGAGCUUGUGUUUGAUAUGUUGAAUGUAUAUAGUGCCGACUUUAAAUAAAUAAAAUUUACUUUACUUUGUAACAAUGACGAUUUAUACAACCGAUUAGAAAAAAUAAAAGAUGUCUAGAUGAGGCCAUAUUUAAAAGAAUGUUUGUUUCCCCUCCCCCGGGUCUGACUUUUGAAAUAGACCAGGCAGGCAGGUGGGUUUUUUUUUUUUGUUGAAAUUUUUUGUUGGAAACACCUAUGAAAAAGCAGCUCAGAGCACCGAUAGUCAUUUUCAAUACUGUGCAUCAGAAGAAGAGUAUGUCAUGUAUUGGUCAAGCUUGUUUUUAUGUUGGUCACUGGAUUGACAUGUCUGCUGGCAUUUAAUAUGUUUUACAGCGUGACCGUGUUUGAGGGCGAAGCAAGAAAGUUUUGGCAUUAUCAUCUAUAUCCAAAACAGGACAAAAACAACCCGAAGUUAGCACGCGGAUGGAGCUGUAACAAAGCAUCCUAAUUUUGGACAUUUGAUCCGCCUAUAUAUUGAACGCGGGAAAUAUAACGCAAUUGAUGUAAACAUUACAUUGUGACGUCAUAUUCAGUGUCGUUAUUCAGCAAAUUUACAAACAUGGCGUUUGAACCACAACAAAAAACAUGGCGUUAAUUGUGGAGUGAUUAUAUAGGAUUAAGAAAAUAAGAUUUACACGCUUUUACGGAUUUUAUGUGUAACAUCUCAGAACGACGUUAACUAGGGUAGACGAGAUUCAAAAUGGAGGAAUACAUGUCCACGCGCUAAUAUUCGAAUUGACGCCAUUGGUACCAAACUUUUCAAGUUCCAUAGCAGGUCACAUGACACAAACAACCAUUUUAGCAGUACUAUGCCGAUAAAGAAGCUGUUUGGUUCCUUCAGAAGAAUAGCGAGCAGAAGUCAGGUCUUCUUCAGUGAUAGAUACUUGAUUUGGACCACUACGUCAGUUUCCGUUGGGUUGUAUGGGGUUGGAGAUCUACUUGCACAGUACAUACAAGUGAGAAAGAAGAAAAUGAAAUGUUUGGAUGGUGUUCGCUCUGGAAAGGUGGCAGCCGCAGGCUUUGUGAUUGGCCCGUUUUUACACUACUGGUAUAUGUAUCUUGAUCGAUUCUUCCCUGGACGAUGUUUAAGGAUUGUGACCAAAAAAGUAGUGAUUGAUCAGAUUAUUUGCUCGCCAAUAGUGAUUGCAUUGUAUUUAUAUACAACAUCAUUGUUUGAGAAGAAAAGCUUGAGUGAGAUUAAUACAGAAAUAUUACCCAAGAGCGUAGCUUUAUUCAUUGCAGAACUGCCUGUUUGGCCUCCAGCACAAUAUUUUAGUUUCUUUUACCUGCCCACAAAAUAUCGUGGCGUAUAUGACAAUAUAAUAUCUUUUGGAUAUGAUUGUUUAUUUUCUUAUGUGAAGUUUGACACAGAGAUAAGUAUGUCUAACACAGAAAAAGAAGAAAAUGAUUCAUCUAGUUAUAUACACUUUACAAAUAAGACUGAAUCAUGUGUUUGAUACAGAGUUAGAGUAUUACAUUUUUAAAUUAUUAUCUGUAAAUGAACAUCAUAUUAUCAAUAUUUAGGUGCUUGAAUAAUUUUUACUGAGACUUGGAAUAAUCAAAUUAUUGCUAAUAAUUUAUAUGUAUGAUUAAAAUGAUUUAUAACGUUA